GAACCACAGGCAGAUGAUUUCCAGGAUCCUCUUCAGAGAGUGGGACAUGUGGGAGUCACCUCAGAAUAGAUCAGGAUUGACUAGAACACAGUCGAAUUUGUCAGAGAUCUGUCCAUAAGUCAGGAAACCUCGUUCCAGACAUGUCUGAAGAUGCGAACCAAAGACACAUGACCACAAGCACCACCACCAAGUGGUGCACGUGGGGCGUGAAAGAGUCAAGGAUAUUGUGCCAAUCCUCUGGCCAAAACAGAAAAGAGAAGAGAGACGGUUGAUGGCCCCGGGGUUAACCAUCAACUCCUUGGUAAGCGAUCAGAUGGUCACUUAUUAUCAAAUGCGGUAACAAGUAAGUGCAAUUUCCCCCAAAGAAAGGACCUAAGUCCUGCAGGUCUAAGCGUUUCACGACGUUAAAUUUCUAGAUAAUUGUAGAUUUGCAUGAAGAUGUAAGAAUACAGCAUGUGUGAAACUACAGCACAGUGUCACAGCCAAAGUAGACAGUGAGAACCCUGAACAUUUCCAGCAGCGAAAGGGUCGCUUGAGUGCCCUUUUAGAGCAACACCCACUACUUCACUCCCACUAAUUUUUAAUCUUGACAGGAUUUGUACAGGCCGUAAGAGCGUCUACUCCUAAAAGAGAACAGCAUCAGGGGCUGGGAGACUGCAGAGAGACGUCAGAAAAGAACCACCCGUCCCGCGGUCAGGGGAAACAACUACAGUCUGUACAGGGGCUACCCGCCCCUUCCGUGUGCGUCACAGUCCCCGCCCCUUCCGCCGAGGCCGACCAACCGCCCCUGAGGGUGGAGCCGUUUCCACCAGAUGCUGAGCACAGCCGGAAGCGGGCGGUACCCUGGGCCCUGCCCCUGCCGCCCUGUUAGAGAUGGCUGACCUCCACCGCCAGCUGCAGGAAUAUCUAACGCAGGGGAAAGCGGCCGGGACGGCGGCCGCAGAGCCUCUACUCGCAGCCGGGAAUGCGGAGGAGGCCGCGGAUGGGGCAGGACCGUCGGGGGCGUGGCUGAGCCGCACAGGCCUGCGUUGGACGUGGGCGCGGAGCCCCGAGGAGCCGGCGGCAGCGGGCCCGACGUGCGUGCCGAGCGUGACGCGCGGGCAGCGGCUGGCGGCGGGCGGCGGCUGCCUGCUGCUGGCGGCACUCUGCUUCGGCCUGGCCGCGCUCUACGCGCCGGUGCUGCUGCUACGUGCACGCAAGUUUGCGCUGCUCUGGUCGCUUGGCUCGGCGCUGGCGCUGGUGGGCGGCGCGCUGCUGCGGGGCGGCGCGGCGUGUGGACGCUUGUUGCGCGGCGAGGAGACUCCGCCGCGGUCCGCGCUGCUGUACGUGGCGGCGCUCGGUGCCACGCUGUACGCGGCGUUGGGUCUGCGCAGCACGCUGCUUACGGUGCUGGGUGCCUGCGCGCAGGUGGCCGCGCUGCUGGCGGUGCUAGUCGGGCUGCUUCCCUGGGGCGGCAGCACUGCGCUGCGCCUCGCGCUCGGCCGCCUGGGCCGCGGCGCCGGCCUCGCCAAGGCCCUGCCGGUGUGAGAGCUCCGGGCCCGCAUCUUCGGGAAAGGACGAGGAGCCAGCCACGGCCAGCGCCGUCGGAGACCAGCCAGCGGAGUCAAGGACUGGACUCGCCAGUUCCCGGACCGCCCGCCGCGACACAUCCCGCUGACCCCGGACGGCGCGGAGCAAAGGCCCUCCCAGGACAGGACUGUGCGGCGAGUCUGAGGACUUUGAACGGCCGUUAGUAACUGACACACGAACAAUUUGACCAGGUGCUCGGUGUUAGAAUGUGCUCUGAAAACAAGAAUUUUAGCAUUGUUUUGGUGGUAGUAUGCUGUGAGGCGGCACUUAAGAGGUUGUUUUGUCAUUAGUGUGGUUUUAGAAUUGAACUGAGAAAAAAAUAGCUGUUCUUUAAAUUAGCUGCUACUUUUGUGAUUUUUCUCAGGCUUGUCUUUUACUUCUUGUCAUUUAAAAAAAUCCAGUGAUCGAUGUUUAGCUACAAUAAUUUUUGGUUUUGGUAUGAAUCCAGAAGGGUAUCAGAUUAAACACUGAAUUUAGUCAGUGGGUUUUUUAAAGUACUUGCUUUGGUUAAGCCAUUUAUCUCGGGUAUUUUCUUCAGAGGAAUUGUAAAUACAGUGCCUUGCAACAUGAGAGGAAAAUUAGUGCUUUGUUAGACAUGAAAGCGGCGGACCAAAAGAAAUUGUCUGCUCCAAGAAAAUGGUAGUAAAGUGCCUGUAAAGGCAGUAGAGGUCGCAGACCUGGGCUUAGAAAUCCUGGCAGAUAGUUAGAUAAUUCUACAUCCAGAAUCCCCAUAUUUGCUGGAAGCCAUAAAUUUUCUACCAGCUGUAAUUAUCACUCCUAAUUUUAUGGUUGCUUUUUAAACUGUAGAUUACAAUUUGCAGGCAGAUUGUACAGUACUUUUCCGUGUCUAAUUGCUAAAUUUCCUUAAAUUUAGGUUCAGUAUUUUUACUUACCUUAUUUAUUGCCAGAAAAUAUGGGCCCAAUAUUUGAUGAGUUUCAGAAAACUGCAUGUUUUGUCAAUAGCUAUAAACCAAGAAGUAAAGUGUAUUUUAGAGCUUUAAAAUGCUGUGCCAAGGGUUCUCAUGCUUGAUUGCACAUAAGAAUUACUUGAAGAACUUCAUGAGGAUCAAUUCAACUGGAAUCUCUGGGAGGUAGGACCUAGACAUCAAUAUAUUUUUUAAAGCUCCACAGAUGAUUUCAUGGUCAGCCAAGGUUUAGAACCACCACUGUGGGUUGGCUUGCACAAUUUAAAAAUACAGUAGAACAUCCAGUUGGCCACCUCCUUAAGUUGACUUAAUUUUAAUAGACCUGACGUGCAUCACGUGUACACAUCAGUAUGGUAGGCCUACUUCCUUAUGUUGGUCACAUGUGACCAGAUGUGACAGUCCUUUGGAUGGCCAACUUCCAGAAGUUCUACUGUAAUUGUUUUCCAUAGCUGGAUUCAAGUGUUGCCUUAAUAGCGAACGUCAUGCAGCAGUCUAAUCCCCAAUUUUAUGUUCCUAGGUCAGUGCCCUGAGCCCUGCCCCAAAAAUGGUACUAAAGCAGCCAAGAUGCACAAUGUAGGCUUUGUAUGUGUUAAGACUGUCUUUUGUUUCUCCCAUCAGUACAUAGGGUUACCUACCUCAGAGGGAGCUCAUGAGAGCAAAUGCAGUAUUUUCAGUGAGUGACAUAUUUAAUUGUAAAGACUUGUGCCAUUGACUGCUCCUUCUAGUUCCCAAAUUAAAUUUGUUCUAAAUCUCUCUAGAAUUGCAUGGCUGGGAAUUCUAUGAUAUUUAAUACAUGUUUAUAUUGAUGUUUUAUAUUUCUUAAGUAAAAUUUUAAAACUUUUGCUUCGGCCGGUUGUAGUAAUGCAUAUCUACUGGGGAGACUGGGUGGGAGUAUCACUUAGCUCAGGAGUUCUGGGGUGUAGUGCACUGUGCGGGUGUCUACGCUAAGUUUGGCAUCCAUAUGGUGACCUUCUGGGAGCAGGGGACCAGCCAGCAGAUUACCUAAGGAGAGGUGAACCAACCCAGGUUAAAAAAAGAGCAAGUCAGAACUCCUGAGCUGAUGAUUAGUGGUAUUAUACCUGGGAGUUGCUCACUCCACACUCCGGCCUGGACAUUGCCAGAUAGUCUGUUAGUUUUCUUCAAACAUUUGAAAAAUCUUGUUUUUAUAAAAUUCAAAGCACAAUUAUCUAGUAUGUAUUUUGGACAGAUGUUUUUAAAUGUCACAUACACACAUAUAUAAUAUAUAUCCUGAGUAUUUAUUAUAAUAAAUGCAUGAUGUAGA